GUCUCCAACAGAAGGACUAAGUACAAAAAAAUUUAUUACAUCCACAACAGAAAUAUCUUCAGCCACAGCAGAAGAAACAACAAGCCUGCAAACUUCAACCACUAAAGUGCAAUCUACACUUUCAACAUCUGGUACGUCUCCAUCUUCACCAUCGUCUUUCACAGAAGGACAGAGUACAACAGAAUUCAAUCCAUCUACAACACAAAUAUCGUCAACUAGUGUAAAAGAAACAACAAGUCAGCAGAAUCCAACCAUUCUUUCCAUUUCAACCACAGAAAUACAAUCUACACCAUCAACAGCAAGUAACUCUCCACCAUCCUCAUCGUCUCCAACAGAAGGACUAAGUACAAAAAAAUUUAUUACAUCCACAACAGAAAUAUCUUCAGCCACAGCAGAAGAAACAACAAGCCUGCAAACUUCAACCACUAAAGUGCAAUCUACACUUUCAACAUCUGGUACGUCUCCAUCUUCACCAUCGUCUUUCACAGAAGGACAGAGUACAACAGAAUUCAAUCCAUCUACAACACAAAUAUCGUCAACUAGUGUAAAAGAAACAACAAGUCAGCAGAAUCCAACCAUUCUUUCCAUUUCAACCACAGAAAUACAAUCUACACCAUCAACAGCAAGUAACUCUCCACCAUCCUCAUCGUCUCCAACAGAAGGACUAAGUACAAAAAAAUUUAUUACAUCCACAACAGAAAUAUCUUCAGCUACAGCAGAAGAAACAACAAGCCUGCAAACUUCAACCACAAAAAUGCAAUCUACACUUUCAACAUCUGUAACCUCUAUUUCCUCACCAUCAUCUUUCACAGAAAGACAGAGUACAACAGAAUUCACUCCAUCUACAACACAAAUAUCUUCAACUAUUGUAAAAGAAACAACAAGUCAGCAGACUCCAACCAUUAAUUCAGUAUCAACCACAGAAAUACAAUCUACACCAUCAACAGCAAGUAACUCUCCAUCUUCAUCGUCAUCAAUAACAGAAUUGCAGAGUACGCCAGAAUUCACUGCAUCCACAACAGAAAUAUUUUUAACUAGUGUAGAAGAAACAACAAGCCAGCACACUCCAACCAUUCUUUCAAUUUCAACCACAGAAAUACAAUCUGCACCAUCAACAGCAACUAACUCUCCAACUUCCUCAUCGUCUCCCACAGAAGGUUUAAGUACGAAAGAAAUUACUACAUCCACAACAGAAAUAUCUUCAGCCACAGCAGAAGAAACAACAAGCCUGCAAACUUCAACCACUAAAGUGCAAUCUACACUUUCAACAUCUGGUACGUCUCCAUCUUCAUCAUCGUCUUUCACAGAAGGACAGAGUACAACAGAAUUCACUCCAUCUACAUCACAAAUAUCUUCAACUAUUGUAAAAGAAACAACAAGUCAGCAGACUCCAACCAUUAAUUCAGUAUCAACCACAGAAAUACAAUCUACACCAUCAACAGCAAGUAACUCUCCAUCUUCAUCGUCAUCAAUAACAGAAUUGCAGAGUACGCCAGAAUUCACUACAUCCACAACAGAAAUAUUUUUAACUAGUGUAGAAGAAACAACAAGCCAGCACACUCCAACCAUUCUUUCAAUUUCAACCACAGAAAUACAAUCUGCACCAUCAACAGCAACUAACUCUCCAACUUCCUCAUCGUCUCCCACAGAAGGUUUAAGUACGAAAGAAAUUACUACAUCCACAACAGAAAUAUCUUCAGCCACAGCAGAAGAAACAACAAGCCUGCAAACUUCAACCACUAAAGUGCAAUCUACACUUUCAACAUCUGGUACGUCUCCAUCUUCAUCAUCAUCUUUCACAGAAGGACAGAGUACAACAGAAUUCAAUCCAUCUACAACACAAAUAUCGUCAACUAGUGUAAAAGAAACAACAAGUCAGCAGAAUCCAACCAUUCUUUCCAUUUCAACCACAGAAAUACAAUCUACACCAUCAACAGCAAGUAACUCUCCAUCAUCCUCAUCGUCUCCCACAGAAGGACUAAGUACGAAAAAAUUUAUUACAUCCACAACAGAAAUAUCUUCAGCCACAGCAGAAGAAACAACAAGCCUGCAAACUUCAACCACAAAAGUGCAAUCUACACUUUCAACAUCUGGUACGUCUCCAUCUUCACAAUCGUCUUUCACAGAAGGACAGAGUACAACAGAAUUCAAUCCAUCUACAACACAAAUAUCGUCAACUAGUGUAAAAGAAACAACAAGUCAGCAGAAUCCAACCAUUCUUUCCAUUUCAACCACAGAAAUACAAUCUACACCAUCAACAGCAAGUAACUCUCCACCAUCCUCAUCGUCUCCAACAGAAGGACUAAGUACAAAAAAAUUUAUUACAUCCACAACAGAAAUAUCUUCAGCUACAGCAGAAGAAACAACAAGCCUGCAAACUUCAACCACAAAAAUGCAAUCUACACUUUCAACAUCUGUAACCUCUAUUUCCUCACCAUCAUCUUUCACAGAAAGACAGAGUACAACAGAAUUCACUCCAUCUACAACACAAAUAUCUUCAACUAUUGUAAAAGAAACAACAAGUCAGCAGACUCCAACCAUUAAUUCAGUAUCAACCACAGAAAUACAAUCUACACCAUCAACAGCAAGUAACUCUCCAUCUUCAUCGUCAUCAAUAACAGAAUUGCAGAGUACGCCAGAAUUCACUGCAUCCACAACAGAAAUAUUUUUAACUAGUGUAGAAGAAACAACAAGCCAGCACACUCCAACCAUUCUUUCAAUUUCAACCACAGAAAUACAAUCUGCACCAUCAACAGCAACUAACUCUCCAACUUCCUCAUCGUCUCCCACAGAAGGUUUAAGUACGAAAGAAAUUACUACAUCCACAACAGAAAUAUCUUCAGCCACAGCAGAAGAAACAACAAGCCUGCAAACUUCAACCACUAAAGUGCAAUCUACACUUUCAACAUCUGGUACGUCUCCAUCUUCAUCAUCGUCUUUCACAGAAGGACAGAGUACAACAGAAUUCACUCCAUCUACAACACAAAUAUCUUCAACUAUUGUAAAAGAAACAACAAGUCAGCAGACUCCAACCAUUAAUUCAGUAUCAACCACAGAAAUACAAUCUACACCAUCAACAGCAAGUAACUCUCCAUCUUCAUCGUCAUCAAUAACAGAAUUGCAGAGUACGCCAGAAUUCACUGCAUCCACAACAGAAAUAUUUUUAACUAGUGUAGAAGAAACAACAAGCCAGCACACUCCAACCAUUCUUUCAAUUUCAACCACAGAAAUACAAUCUGCACCAUCAACAGCAACUAACUCUCCAACUUCCUCAUCGUCUCCCACAGAAGGCUUAAGUACGAAAGAAAUUACUACAUCCACAACAGAAAUAUCUUCAGCCACAGCAGAAGAAACAACAAGCCUGCAAACUUCAACCACUAAAGUGCAAUCUACACUUUCAACAUCUGGUACGUCUCCAUCUUCAUCAUCGUCUUUCACAGAAGGACAGAGUACAACAGAAUUCACUCCAUCUACAACACAAAUAUCUUCAACUAGUAUAAAAGAAACAACAAGCCUGCAAACUUCAACCACAAACGUGCAAUCUACACUUUCAACAUCUGGUACGUCUCCAUCUUCACCAUCGUCUUUCACAGAAGGACAGAGUACAACAGAAUUCAAUCCAUCUACAACACAAAUAUCGUCAACUAGUGUAAAAGAAACAACAAGUCAGCAGAAUCCAACCAUUCUUUCCAUUUCAACCACAGAAAUACAAUCUACACCAUCAACAGCAAGUAACUCUCCAUCAUCCUCAUCGUCUCCAACAGAAGGACUAAGUACAAAAAAAUUUAUUACAUCCACAACAGAAAUAUCUUCAGCCACAGCAGAAGAAACAACAAGCCUGCAAACUUCAACCACUAAAGUGCAAUCUACACUUUCAACAUCUGGUACAUCUCCAUCUUCAUCAUCGUCUUUCACAGAAGGACAGAGUACAACAGAAUUCACUCUAUCUACAACACAAAUAUCUUCAACUAUUGUAAAAGAAACAACAAGUCAGCAGACUCCAACCAUUAAUUCAGUAUCAACCACAGAAAUACAAUCUACACCAUCAACAGCAAGUAACUCUCCAUCUUCAUUGUCAUCAAUAACAGAAUUGCAGAGUACGCCAGAGUUCACUGCAUCCACAACAGAAAUAUUUUUAACUAGUGUAGAAGAAACAACAAGCCAGCACACUCCAACCAUUCUUUCAAUUUCAACCACAGAAAUACAAUUUGCACCAUCAACAGCAACUAACUCUCCAACUUCCUCAUCGUCUCCCACAGAAGGUUUAAGUACGAAAGAAAUUACUACAUCCACAACAGAAAUAUCUUCAGCCACAGCAGAAGAAACAACAAGCCUGCAAACUUCAACCACUAAAGUGCAAUCUACACUUUCAACAUCUGGUACGUCUCCAUCUUCAUCAUCGUCUUUCACAGAAGGACAGAGUACAACAGAAUUCAAUCCAUCUACAACACAAAUAUCUUCAACUAGUGUAAAAGAAACAACAAGUCAGCAGAAUCCAACCAUUCUUUCCAUUUCAACCACAGAAAUACAAUCUACACCAUCAACAGCAAGUAACUCUCCAUCAUCCUCAUCGUCUCCCACAGAAGGACUAAGUACGAAAAAAUUUAUUACAUCCACAACAGAAAUAUCUUCAGCCACAGCAGAAGAAACAACAAGCCUGCAAACUUCAACCACAAAAGUGCAAUCUACACUUUCAACAUCUGGUACGUCUCCAUCUUCACCAUCGUCUUUCACAGAAGGACAGAGUACAACAGAAUUCACUCCAUCUACAACACAAAUAUCUUCAACUAGUAUAAAAGAAACAACAAGCCUGCAAACUUCAACCACAAACGUGCAAUCUACACUUUCAACAUCUGGUACGUCUCCAUCUUCAUCAUCGUCUUUCACAGAAGGACAGAGUACAACAGAAUUCACUGCAUCUACAACUCAAAUAUCUUCAACUAUUGUAAAAGAAACAACAAGUCAGCAGACUCCAACUAUUAAUUCCAUUUCAACCACAGAAAUACAAUCUACACCAACAACAGCAAGUAACUCUCCAUCGUCAGCAUCAUCAAUAACAGAAUUGCAGAGUACGCCAGAAUUCACAGCAUCCACAACAGAAAUAUUUUUAUCUAGUGUAGAAGAAACAACAAGCCAGCACACUCCAACCAUUCUUUCAAUUUCAACCACAGAAAUACAAUCUGCACCAUCAACAGCAACUAACUCUCCAACUUCCUCAUCGUCUCCCACAGAAGGUUUAAGUACAAAAGAAAUUAUUACAUCCACAACAGAAAUAUCUUCAGCUACAGCAGAAGAAACAACAAGCCUGCAAACUUCAACCACAAAAAUGCAAUCUACACUUUCAACAUCUGGUACGUCUCCAUCUUCACCAUCGUCUUUCACAGAAGGACAGAGUACAACAGAAUUCACUCCAUCUACAACACAAAUAUCUUCAACUAGUAUAAAAGAAACAACAAGCCUGCAGACUUCAACCACAAACGUGCAAUCUACACUUUCAACAUCUGGUACGUCUCCAUCUUCACCAUUGCCUUUCACAGAAGGACAGAGUACAACAGAAUUCACUACAUCUACAACACAAAUAUCUUCAACUAUUGUAAAAGAAACAACAAGUCAGCAGACUCCAACCAUUAAUUCAAUUUCAACCACAGAAAUACAAUCUGCACCAUCAACAGCAAGUAACUCUCCAUCUUCCUCAUCAUCUCCUUCAGAAGGUUUAAGUACGAAAGAAAUUAAUACAUCCACAACAGAAAUAUCUUCAGCCACAGCAGAAGAAACAACAAGCCUGCAAACUUCAACCACAAAAAUGCAAUCUACACUUUCAACAUCUGUUACCUCUCCUUCUUCACCAUCAUCUUUCACAGAAGGACAGAGUACACAAGAAUUCACUACAUCUACAACACAAAUAUCUUCAACUAUUGUAAAAGAAACAACAAGUCAGCAGACUCCAACCAUUAAUUCAAUUUCAACCACAGAAAUACAAUCUGCACCAUCAACAGCAAGUAACUCUCCAUCUUCCUCAUCAUCUCCUUCAGAAGGUUUAAGUACGAAAGAAAUUAAUACAUCCACAACAGAAAUAUCUUCAGCCACAGCAGAAGAAACAACAAGCCUGCAAACUUCAACCACAAAAAUGCAAUCUACACUUUCAACAUCUGUUACCUCUCCUUCUUCACCAUCAUCUUUCACAGAAGGACAGAGUACACAAGAAUUCAAUCCAUCUACAACACAAAUAUCUUCAACUAUUGUAAAAGAAACAACAAGUCAGCAGACUCCAACCAUUAAUUCAAUUUCAACCACAGAAAUACAAUCUGCACCAUCAACAGCAAGUAACUCUCCAUCUUCCUCAUCAUCUCCUUCAGAAGGUUUAAGUACGAAAGAAAUUAAUACAUCCACAACAGAAAUAUCUUCAGCCACAGCAGAAGAAACAACAAGCCUGCAAACUUCAACCACAAAAAUGCAAUCUACACUUUCAACAUCUGUUACCUCUCCUUCUUCACCAUCAUCUUUCACAGAAGGACAGAGUACACAAGAAUUCACUACAUCUACAACACAAAUAUCUUCAACUAUUGUAAAAGAAACAACAAGUCAGCAGACUCCAACCAUUAAUUCAAUUUCAACCACAGAAAUACAAUCUGCACUAUCGACAGCAAGUAACUCUCCAUCUUCCUCAUCAUCUCCUUCAGAAGGUUUAAGUACGAAAGAAAUUAAUACAUCCACAACAGAAAUAUCUUCAGCCACAGCAGAUGAAACAACAAGCCUGCAAACUUCAACCACAAAAUUGCAAUCUACACUUUCAACAAUUGGUAUGUCUCCAUCUUCACCUUCGUCCUUCACAGAAUUACAGAGUACAACAGAAUUCACUCCCUCUACAACACAAAUAUCUUCAACUAUUGUAAAAGAAACAACAAGUCAGCAGAAUCCAACCAUUCUUUCCAUUUCAACCACAGAAAUACAAUCUACACCAUCAACAGCAAGUAACUCUCCAUCAUCCUCAUCAUCUCCCACAGAAGGACUAAGUACGAAAAAACAUAUUACAUCCACAACAGAAAUAUCUUCAGCCACAGCAGAAGAAACAGCAAGCCUGCAAACUUCAACCACAAAAGUGCAAUCUACACUUUCAACAUCUGGUACGUCUCCAUCUUCACCAUCGUCCUCCACAGAAGGACAGAGUAAAACAGAAUUCACUCCCUCUACAACACAAAUAUCUUCAACUAGUAUAAAAGAAACAACAAGUCAGCAGACUCCAACCAUUCUUUCAAUUUCAACCACAGAAAUAAAAUCUACACCAUCAACAACAGGUUCAUCUCCAUCUUCAUCAUCAUCAUCAAUAACAGAAUGGCAGAGUACGCCAGAAUUCACUGCAUCCACAACAGAAAUAUUUUUAACUAGUGUAGAAGAAACAACAAGCCAGCACACUCCAACCAUUCUUUCCAUUUCAACCACAGAAAUACAAUCUACAUUGUCAACAGCAAGUAUCUCUCCAUCUUCCUCAUUGCCUCCCACAGAAGGACUACAUACAAAAGAACUUAUUACAUCCACAACAGAAAUAUCUUCAGCCACAGCAGAUGAAACAACAAGCCUGCAAACUUCAACCACAAAAAUGCAAUCUACACUUUCAACAUCUGGUACGUCUCCAUCUUCACCAUCGUCUUUCACAGAAGGACAGAGUACACCAGAAUUCACUCCAUCUACAACACAAAUAUCUUCAACUAGUAUAAAAGAAACAAGUCAGCAGACUCCAACCAUUCUUUCCAUUUCAACCACAGAAAUACAAUCUACACCAUCAACAGCAAGUAACUCUCCAUCUUCCUUAUCGUCUCCCACAGAAGGUUUAAGUACUAAAGCAAUUAAUACAUCCACAACAGAAAUAUCUUCAGCUACAGCAGAUGAAACAACAAACCUGCAAACUUCAACCACAAAAAUGCAAUCUACACUUUCAACAUCUGUUACCUCUCCAUCUUCACUAUCAUCUAUCACAGAAGGACAGAGUACACCAGAAUUCACUCCAUCUACAACACACAUUUCUUCAACUAGUGUAAAAGAAACAACUAUAACCACAUUAGAAUCAUCUACGAGAGAAAAUGGUUCAACACUAGAAAGUUUGAAAUCAACUACAGUUACCUCUCCAUCUUUACAAUUUUCUACCACAGAAAUACAAAGUGCUGCAGUAUUCACUCCAACCAUUCCAGAAAUUUCUUCUUCUAUUGUAAAACAAACAACAAGCCAGCAGACACAAACCACUCUUUUCACUCCAAACACCGUGGUACAAUCAUCAUCAACGCUUUCCCAAUUUUCAACAACAACACCCAUCAGCUCGACCAAAUUAAAGUCACCUACAACUGAAAAUCGAUCAACAUUGACAAAUCCAGUAUCAUCCACAGUUACCUCUCCAUCUUCACCAUAUUUUUCCACAAAAGGAAAGAGUACAUCAGAUUUAACUUCAUCCACAACAGAAAUAUCCCCAACAAGUGUAGAAAAAACAACCAGGCUGACACAAACCAUUCUUUCUACUCCAGUUACAGAAAAACAGUCUACAACUCAAUUGGCUUUUUCAACAACUACAACACUGAUCAGAACAACUCAAUUAGAAUCUACAACUGAAAAUGGAUCAACACUGACAAAUCCAAUAUUAUCUACAGUGACCUCUCCAUCUUCACUAUUUUCUACCACAGAAGGACAGAGUGCUUCAGCAUUCACUCCAUCCAUCCAAUCUUCAACUACUGCAGAACAAACAAGAAGCCAGCAAACACAAACUACUCUUUCCACACCAACUACAGAAAUACAUUUAACACAGUCAACAUUUCUAACAACACUGGCACCCAUGAGCACAAUUUCAUCUGAAUCCGCAACACCACCCACUAUAUUCAACGUUUCUACCCCCUUCAUAAUUUCAAGCCCCACAAUUGAGACCCUAGCCUCUGGUCAAACAUCUACUAAUACUGAGACAACUUUACCCCAUUCCACCAAACCACAAACUUCGUCAUCAACAUCUGAACAUCCUUCAUCAGCAACAAUUUUUACUACAAUUUUAACAACUCAAAUCUGUCUGGACAAAUGUCAGUGCAAUGGGUCUCCAUGUGUCUUCAAUGAAACAUCAAUGAAAUGUCAAUGCCAAUGCAACCCAUUCACUUUUGGGGAUUCUUGCCAAUUUGCAUCUAGUUCCUCCUCAGUUAUUUUUUCUGGAAGCAUACCCACAAGAAAGGCAAAUAUCUCUCUACGAAUUAUGAUGGAAUAUAUUCCUGAAUAUAACAGUUUGAACUCUCCAAAUUCCAAAAAUCUAACUACCAUCUUAAAGCAUGAGCUUUCUAUCCUCUGCAGGAGAGCAGAUGCACAGAACUUUAAAGAUGUACACAUUCUCAGGCUAAAGCCAGGAAGCGUCAUUGCUGAGAGUGUUGCAGAAUAUAACUAUCCAAACAACGACUCCAAAAUUCAGUUUCUAAACCACGAUUUGGGAACCACACUGGAAAACAUCUUUAAUGACUCAGAUUCACUUGGGAAUCUCAGCGCAGCUCUCGGCAAUGUUCUCAUUCAGGAUACAAAUAUUGCCAUGCAGAGAGUAGAAAUAUCAAAUAUUUCAGAUCUACGACCAUUUGUGCACUGCAGAGUGGAUUUUGCAAAUUUCACCAAGGCAAUUGAAAAUGGAUCAUGGAUAUGUGCAGGGCCAUGCAAAAAAAUGCCCAACUACUGCAAUCAGCAUGGGGAAUGCUUUAAUGAGAUAAAUGGAGCAAGCUGCCAGUGUAAGCGUUCUUACUUUGAGGGGUACUAUGGAUCACAGUGUGAGCUGUACCGCAGAGGGGCUGGCUUCUACGCAGUUCUCUUUGGGAGUUUAGCAGCCUUUGCUCUCCUUCUCAUUGUUUUGGCUGUGAUGAUUGUGGUUCUAUAUAGAGGCAAUAGGAUGUCAAGCAUAAGGAAGUUAUCACUGUUUGAUGAUGACAUCUUUGACUUUACAUCAAGAGGAUUCAGCGACAGGUAUGUUUUGCACGAAGAUUUUCCUGUAGCAGAAGACUCAGCAGCUGGAACUUUUAGAUAUUAUAACAACACAACUGUAAGGUAAAGACCAGAGCAACAUGAACUGUGGAUAUCUGAUGAACAGAGAUGAUAUUCUUAACAAUAUGUUUAGGAGAAUGUGGACACCAAAAGUUUAGGGAGUCAACAUAUUACAUGCAUUACUGAGUCUGAUUUGGCAUUAUUUAAAGUCUAUCAUGAAAUCGUGGGGUGCACUGACUCUGCAAAUUAAACAUACAAAAAACUAUCUAAACUAUUUAACUUAAAAUGUAUUUAAAUUGUAUGUUUUCAUAUUUAUAUUAACAGUUACGAUAUGUGAUAAUACUUCUGUAAUGUUUGUAUUUGUUGGCAAAGAUGUAGUAUUUUUGAUAUUUGUUAUGAUAGAAAAAUGUAAGUCUGUUUGUGUGCACUAUGUUCUGAUUUACAUCACUUGUUUCUACUGAGAUAUGCGUCUUUCACAUUAUACAAUAAUUGCUUAGGUGAGUCAUGUUAGCCCUUGUUGUAUUAGUAUUUAUGAGGACAUUCUUUACAACCAAAACUCAACCUAAAAUAAACCACAUGUACAAAUAAAAACUUUAAAACUUAAAUCUGCACCAUCUACAUAGGUGAAUUUCCAUAGCUUUUUUAAGAUGUAUGUUCACACAUGGUACUUGCAGUAAUAUUAUAUUGUCACAAGGGGGCGCAAAUGAUGUAUUUAUAAACAUGCUAAUACUCACCAGUAUUUUUUUAUUUAUUUUUUUCUUGUACUGUAUAUGCGACUGUAAUUGCUCUAACCUGUAAUCUCUGUAAUCUUAGUUGCAAUUCACAAUAAAAACUAC